UGGUGAGCCGGAGUCCAGACGGACCACAACAACACGGGGGACUGAUUUUCACCUUUUGGCUUCAGUUCUGCCAUUUCCUCGCUUCGUUCUCCACCAGGCUUCUGGCCCCUGGAUGGCCGCCAGCACCGCAGCCACGACUCCCCUGCCUCCAGUGAAGAGCGUGGUGGUGUACAAGAAUGGAGACCCCUUCUAUAGUGGACGGAGGUUCGUGGUCAACCAGAGACAGGUGGCCACCAUGGAGGCCUUUCUGACUGAAGUGACCCAGAGCAUCGGGGCCCCACUUGCCGUCAGGACUCUGUACACCCCCAGACAGGGCCACCGGGUCCCAGACCUCCGGGACCUUCAGACAGGAGCCCAGUAUGUUGCUGCUGGCUUUGAAAGGUUCAAGAAACUGGACUACUUGAACACCAGAAUGAAAAAGCACCCUGCGGCCCGUGAAGAAACCCAGGAGGUGCCCUGUACCCCGGAGGCCCUGCGUCUCCAUAGAAACACCUUGACCAUGGAGCUGGUCUGGCUACAACAGGCCAUUGACAGCAGGAAAAAGGUACUUACCGAAAGAGCAGAACGUGGUGAGCCGGAGUCCAGACGGACCACAACAACACGGGGGACUGAUUUUCACCUUUUGGCUUCAGUUCUGCCAUUUCCUCGCUUCGUUCUCCACCAGGCUUCUGGCCCCUGGAUGGCCGCCAGCACCGCAGCCACGACUCCCCUGCCUCCAGUGAAGAGCGUGGUGGUGUACAAGAAUGGAGACCCCUUCUAUAGUGGACGGAGGUUCGUGGUCAACCAGAGACAGGUGGCCACCAUGGAGGCCUUUCUGACUGAAGUGACCCAGAGCAUCGGGGCCCCACUUGCCGUCAGGACUCUGUACACCCCCAGACAGGGCCACCGGGUCCCAGACCUCCGGGACCUUCAGACAGGAGCCCAGUAUGUUGCUGCUGGCUUUGAAAGGUUCAAGAAACUGGACUACUUGAACACCAGAAUGAAAAAGCACCCUGCGGCCCGUGAAGAAACCCAGGCCAAAGUCACCCAGAGGCCAAAUGUUUCAGCCAAAUGGAGGAAGUUUAUACCUCUACCUUGCAUUUUACACGUUUUCCGUAAUGGAGAUCUCCUAUGUCCACCAUUCCGGUUCAUCAUUCCUCGGAGCAUGCAGCAGGACCUGGAGAAGAUCCUGAGUCUGGUCACAGAGAAGGUCAGCUUACGAACUGGAGCUGUGCGCAGGUUGUGCUCUUUGGAAGGAGCAACUGUAUCCUCGGCUCUGGAACUGGAGACAGGCCACUGCUACGUUGCCGUGGGAACCGAGAGGUUCAGGAAACUUCCAUAUGUGGAGCUGUUGGUUUCAAAAGCCACAGAGAGAUAUAACCCAGGAAAGAGAAGGCUGUUCGGAAGAAAUGAGAACAGGGAAGCAAGGAGUGGUCCAGAAGACCAGUAUAGUGACUCAGCCCUCCUCGACUCCCCAGAGUCGGAUGGUCGGAGGGUGAAGUCGACAGGAGACGAAGCUGCAGCUCCAGCAGCCGCACAGCAGAGGAGCAGGAGAGGAGGAGCAGAUGAGACCUCUGCGUUCUUCGCCAGGCCGGUCAAGAUCCGCACCUACAGGGGACAGCCAAGACCACCACCCGGCAAUGGAUCCGUCCAGCCCAGCGUGUUUAAAAGAGCAGCACGGAAGAGAAGAGAGGAGGUACGAGGGGCCGAGGAGGUGCACGAGGAUGAGAACACAGCGACAGAGCUUCCUGUUGACCAGAGAGCGGCAGAAAUAGUGGAGGAGGAAUUAAACAGCCGACACACAGAGCAGCCACCGUCAUCUGAACAAGAGGCUGUGAAACAGAGGACUGAGGAGUCUGCUGCUCAAUCUCUGGAGCCGAAGCAGACGUUCUCAAAGUCAAGGCCUUCGUCAUCAGCCUCUCAGUCACAGAAUAGAGAAGACAAGGCAAGUCCAGCGUAUUAG